CAUCAACGCAUGCUCAGCCUGACCCACUGGCUGGCCUAGCCCGUGGCGCAUGCGCAAGGCCAGAAGCCGGCGAAACCUGAUUUCGGCCUGCCCGCGCGGUACCUCCUCUUCCUCUUCUUCCUUUUUGAGGCUGGCCUUCCUUUAGGUGCCUCUUCCGGGACGCCCAGGCCAGUUCUGAAGUGGCCAGUGUCCUUUUUCCCUGUCUUUCUCACACCCUAGAUUCCCAGACGCCAUUUACUGGCAAGUGGCUUGUUUUGGAACCUCCCUUCCCCCCACCUCGUCCUGUCACCGGAGAGUGCGCGUCGCGCCCCAGGAGCCAAUCAGCAAUCGCUUUAGGCCGCCAUGUCCGAGUCGGGGCACAGCCAGCCUGGGCUUUACGGGAUGGAGCGGCGCCGGCGGUGGAAGGAGCCUGGCACUGGUGGCCCCCAGAAUCUGUCUGGGCCCGGCGGUCGGGAGAGGGACUACAUUGCACCAUGGGAGAGAGAAAGACGGGAUGGCAGUGAAGAGACCAGCACGUCGGUCAUGCAGAAAACCCCCAUCAUCCUCUCGAAACCUCCGGCGGAGCGGUCUAAGCAGCCACUGCCACCAGCUGCCCCUGCUGCGCCGCCAGCUCCAGCCCCUCUGGAGAAGCCCAUCGUCCUCAUGAAGCCACGGGAGGAGGGGAAGGGCCCAGGGGCCGGGACAGGAGCUUCUACCCCUGAGGGCACUGCCCCACCACCCCCUGCAGCCCCUGCACCACCCAAGGGCGAGAAGGAAGGGCAGAGACCCACGCAGCCCGUGUACCAGAUCCAGAACAGGGGCAUGGGCACUGCUGCGCCCACAGCGAUGGACCCUGUUGUGGGCCAGGCCAAACUGCUGCCCCCAGAGCGCAUGAAGCACAGCAUCAAGUUGGUGGAUGACCAGAUGAAUUGGUGCGACAGCGCCAUUGAGUACCUGUUGGAUCAGACUGAUGUGUUGGUGGUUGGUGUCCUGGGCCUCCAGGGGACAGGCAAGUCCAUGGUGAUGUCAUUGUUGUCAGCCAACACUCCCGAGGAAGACCAGAGGGCAUAUGUUUUCCGGGCGCAGAGUGCAGAAAUGAAGGAACGAGGGGGCAACCAGACCAGUGGCAUCGACUUCUUUAUUACCCAAGAGCGGAUUGUUUUCCUGGACACGCAGCCCAUCCUGAGCCCUUCCAUCUUGGACCAUCUCAUCAACAAUGACCGCAAGCUGCCUCCUGAGUACAACCUUCCCCACACCUACGUCGAGAUGCAGCCAAGUCCUGCCAUCCAGAAUCCCAGUCUAGACAGGGAGACCCUCAACUCUGCACCCGCCUGUCCCCCACAGUCACUGCAGAUUGCUGCCUUCCUCUUCACGGUCUGCCACGUGGUGAUUGUCGUCCAGGACUGGUUCACAGACCUCAGUCUGUACAGGUUCCUCCAGACAGCUGAGAUGGUGAAGCCCUCCACCCCGUCCCCCAGCCAUGAGUCCAGCAGCUCGUCGGGCUCCGACGAAGGCACCGAGUACUACCCCCACCUGGUCUUCCUGCAGAACAAAGCUCGCCGGGAGGACUUCUGCCCUCGGAAGCUGAGGCAGAUGCACCUGAUGAUCGACCAGCUCAUGGCGCACUCCCACCUGCGUUACAAGGGUACUCUGUCCAUGUUACAGUGCAACGUCUUCCCGGGACUCCCGCCUGACUUCCUGGACUCUGAGGUCAACUUGUUCCUGGUGCCCUUCAUGGACAGCGACUCGGAGAGUGAGAACUCGCCAAGAGCAGGGCCUGGUUCCAGCCCACUUUUUUCCCUGCUGCCUGGGUACCGUGGCCACCCCAGUUUCCAGUCCUUGGUGAGCAAGCUCCGGAGCCAAGUGAUGUCCAUGGCUCGGCCUCAGCUGUCACAUACGAUCCUCACCGAGAAGAACUGGUUCCACUAUGCUGCCCGCAUCUGGGACGGGGUGAAGAAGUCCUCUGCCCUGGCCGAGUACAGCCGCCUGCUAGCCUGAGGCCGUGGGGAGGAGUGUCGUACAGGAACCUCUUGGGUCCCCGGUGGACAGUGAGGGAGGGCACCUGUCCUUCCCUAGGUGGGCCAGAGAGUGGAGCAGGCCCGAUGGACGAGGGACUGCGACUUCCCGCCCAGAGACACAAGGUGUUCAGGGCCAGGACCCCGCCCUCACAGGGGGCUUGUUGGGGGGACUUUAAGAGAUCCCACCCCCAACCUGGGAUGAGCAGCCCAUCCUAAGUCCCCCGCAGGGACAGGCAGUGGGAGGAGUCUGAAUGGUGGCCAGGAAGCCCAAGCCCCGCCCUGACCUCCCUCCUCAGGGACAGGAACACCGGGCCUCUCUCCCUGGCUGCAAGGUGUUUCCUGUGAGGUGAGGCAGGGUCUGCAGAGCUCGGCGUUGGGGUGGAUCUGGUGUUUUAAAUAAACAGCAUCAUACAAGGCUGUUCUCCUCUCCUCUUCCUUCCCCUCCACCCACAUGCCGCCCCAAGAUGCA